CUUGUGCUAUUUGCGUGACACUAUGUCGCACAUGUUCCUGCUGGUUGUGGGAGAUGUCUAGAUUUUGCGUGGAUGACACAUUUAUAAGCCUCAGCGCCCCAGGCAUGUCCUCUCACCAACUUCCGCCAUUCUCUCACCUUCUGCGAACACUGCCCUCACAUUACGUAUACACACUCUCAUUCGAUACUCCAGGUGGCUGAGAGCACAGUAGUACAACUCAAUGACCGCUCUCGAUAAGCCCGGCGGAGAUGCCGAAAAGCAACCAGGCGAAUGUGGCUCGCCUUUGGCAGCCACCUACCUGGCCCUACGGGCGAUCUCGGCCUUCACACUCUUCAUACUCAUCGUAGUACUCGGAUACACAGUCCUGACGUACGACAAGGCUGCGACCAGCGCGGCAAAUCCGUUGCUCCUAGCAAUCGUAAUAGCGAUCGCUGCGGCAUUCUACACCCUCGCCCUCAUCUUGAUCGUGUAUCGCUCGAGAUUCCACCCUCUCCUCUGGCUUGCAAUACUGCUCGAUCUGGCCUGGUGCGGCGCGUUCUGUUUCCUCGCAGUCGUACUAGCAGAACCAUCCGUAGUCACACAAUGCACUGCAACCUCGACGCCGCAUCCGCUAGCUGCGGCGAGCACCACAUCGGGAAGCGUCUUGGCGGGCGACCUGGCUGCGAGACGCCUCAUCAAGAGAGACAUCAACUCGCCGCUGAGGGAAUUUAUUUUGCUCGGACAUGUGCCCUGCUCGGUGGUUCUGGCUUUCUGGAUCCCAUGCAUGGUCCUGGUCGCUCUCUUCGGCGGCACGGCGAUUGUGGCAUGGAAGAGGUGGCGAUCUGGCGGCAGGACGGUGAUGCCCUUGCAAAGCGGCGCGAAGGUUUAAUGAGGAUUUAGAUGAAGCAAAUAAUGAGGCGCUCGAUGAUAGAGAGGCCCGCCGGGUGGCCACAAGCUCAGCAGUGCGCGAUGGCAUGGGAGGAAGACGCGUCGAGGUCGCGAAUUCGGCCGGCCGUAAACAGCAGCACGACUCAUGUACGAUCAUCGUCAAUGAAACCGUUAGAAGUCACGAUCUGCCAAGG